GGCUGGAGUGUAACAAGCCAACGUGUAACGGGUAGAGGAGCAGCGCCGGGGGCUAUGGACUCUGCGGGCUUAGUGUGAGAGUGCAGCCCUGCUUGUGUGUCCUACAGACUCCAGCUGCUGGUGCGGACGCCAUAUUGCCUCGGUUCAUACAGCUCUCUGGUUUUCUAUGGCAUAAGGAGUUAUUAUUCAGUAUACUAUGUGCUUUAGCUGGCAGGUGAUGCAGACCAGGCUGUAGGAUGCCUUUACUUCUGGCCAUAGAUGGUUAUGAAUAUGUGAAUUUAUUGUAUUACUAAGUUACAUACAAGCAGAGAUGUAUCUGACGCGAAGGAAACCGGCCUUGUAUCUGCGAGAGGACAGCAGGUCAGGUCUCUUUCUUGGGAUCCUGCCCAGAAAAUGCAGCAUCUUCAAGCUGUUCCUCACCUGCCUGCUUCUUGGUUUUCUUUCUAUGCUGUGGCUACAAUUCAGCUGUACAGGUGAUGUAAGGAAGCAAGAAGAUGCACCUCCCAAGCAGUCCUGCCCCCCUGUUCCUAGAACUGUGAAUGAGGAUCCUUCUUGGGGUCCACAUCGUCUUGCUAUACUUGUUCCCUUUCGGGAACGAUUUGAAGAACUUUUAAGCUUUGUGCCCCAUAUGCACCAGUACCUGUCUGAGAAGAAGAUCCGGCACCAUAUAUUUGUCAUCAACCAGUUGGAUCAUUACAGGUUUAACAGGGCUGCCUUGAUAAAUGUGGGAUUCUUGGAGAGUGGGAACGAUACGGACUACAUCGCUAUGCAUGAUGUUGACCUGCUACCUCUUAACCUAAAUCUGAACUAUGGAUUCCCAGAAAAGGGCCCCUUUCACGUGGCAUCCCCAGAACUGCAUCCCUUGUAUCAUUACAAGACCUAUGUUGGGGGGAUUUUACUACUUACCAAACAGCAUUAUGAACUGUGUAAUGGAAUGUCAAAUCGCUUUUGGGGAUGGGGUCGUGAAGACGAUGAGUUUUAUCGAAGGAUCAAAGGAGCUGGCUUGCAGCUUUUUCGACCCACUGGAAUCAGCACAGGAUACCAAACCUUCCGCCAUAUUCAUGACCCUGCAUGGAGGAAGCGGGAUCAGAAAAGGAUUGCAGCUCAGAAGCAGGAGCAGUUCAAAGUGGAUCGUGAAGGAGGAGUGCACUCUGUCCAGUAUCGUGUUGAGUCUCGUAAUGAACUGACCAUUGGUGGUGCUCCAUGUACUGUGCUAAAUAUACUGCUGGAAUGUGACUUGAAUGAGACUCCAUGGUGUGCUUUUAGCUGAACUUUUAAAGCAAUUUUUUAUUUUUAGACUCUUGAAACAGAGGAAACAACUUGUACACCUGGAGGACGUACGACUCUAGUUGAUAAUGAACUGUAAGACAUUUUAUAUAUUGUAAUAAAACUUAUGACCAAG